CGUGAUUCCAGCUCUUAACAAGAGGACCUGCUGAGUCUUUGGAAACCUAUGCACUAGCCUUCUCCAGACAACUCCUUCUGGACACAGUGACCUGUGCCUGAGGAUCCCAAGCUGAUGGGUGCCAAGCUCUGCUCCCAGGCUGAUCCCCAGGCACCCCGAGAGAGACUUCUUUUCCACACUGAGGCCAAGGGCGCACAAGUGCGUCUGGAGGCCGGGCAGAGCACUGCCCGCAGGCACGCCACCUUCCACGAUGGCAUAGUGUUCAGUGCUCGGCCGGUGCAGCCUUGCGAGCCGGUGGCGCUGCGCGUGCUGCAUCAUGAGUGCCGCUGGCGAGGGGGGCUCCGCGUGGGCUUCACUCGCCUGGACCCUGCGCGCCUGUGUUCGCCCAGCCUGCCACCCUUCCUGUGCCCAGACCUGGAGCAGCAGAGCCCGACAUGGGCGGCCGUGCUGCCCGACCACUGCGUGCUCCCCGGGAACGUGGUCUGCUUCUGGGUGAACUCCCGGGGCUGGCUCUUCGUUAAGGUCAACUCCAACUCUCCGCUCCGCCUGCGAACGGAUGUGGCCGUGGGCGACCCGCUCUGGGCUGUGAUGGACCUGUACGGGACUACCAAGGCCAUCGAAUUACUGGAUCCCACAGCCGGUGCCCUCCCCACAGCCACACCUAAGGUUUUCUGUGAUGACUUUCUGCUAGAGCUUAAAGGUUGCCCACCUCUUUCCCUCAUGUGCCUCUCGCCUGUAUUGUCCCUUUUCACCACCACAGCAGGAGAGAAGUGUGUCAUCUGCUACGAGCAGACUGCCAACACUUGCCUCGUCCCCUGCGGCCACUCACGCUUCUGCCACUGUUGUGCCUGGCAAGUCCUCAGGGACACAGCCACGUGUCCACUGUGUCGCUAUGAGAUCAAGGCCAUGGCCCAGGCGCGGGGCCCUCCUGCUCCGGGGACUACAGAGAACCUUGCAGCCUGGCUGGCAGAUUGGACCUAGUUCUGAGUCAGCCCCUGCGAAGAGAGGAGGUACUACCCCACUCUGGAGAAGAAUGGGGAAGACCAGUCAGUCACAGGUGUAGCAGAAAGAAGACAGCAAGAGGAUACUGGUUUUUCCUCCCUCCCCAACGAUGAGGGGCCAGUGGGGCGAGGAAGAGCCCUCCUUUCUGCCUUCUCCAGAACUACA